UAGGCUGUCCUGUAAAAAUGAUCAUCUGUGUAAAGAACUUGCUGUAAUUGCCUACCUGUCUGAGCAGCUGCAAAAAGGAAAACAUUUCUUACUGAAUACCACUGAUAAGGAGCUUGAGGAAGCAAAGAUUCAAAUCCAACGCUGGCAGAACAAGAUAAAGAAGCUGUCACACGCUAAAAUCUGUUAUUUUACAAACAGAAGGUGAAAUAAAGCAAGGGAAGCCACCUUCCAGGCUUGAUAUAUUUAUUAAGGCAUUAGAAGAGGACAGAGACUGCUAUAAAAGUGAACCUGAGAAUUUGCGGAAGGUAUUUAGAAACGUGUUUUCAAGUCAUAAGUGGAGCUCUAACUGUGGCAGCAUGUCAAAAAAAAAAUCAGCCAUCCAGGAACUGAGUUCUGAUCUGGAAGUUUUGAAAAUAUUGAGAGAGUGUGAAGGACUUAAAUCAACGCUGAAAAAGCAUGAACGCCAUGUGGCGGAAAUUCAGGGUAACUUGAAAGUUUUGACAGCUGAGAGAGACAAAAUUGCCAAGCUUUAUGAAAGGGCACAGGAAGAGAUUUCCCGGCUUCGUCAGGAAUUUAUCAAAUGCCCCAGGACUCCGAAAAGUGCUGUGACAGCUCAAGCUAUGUUAAGGCAUGUGGAGACAGAAAGGGAUACAGCACUGUCAGAUUUCCGAAGGAUGACUACAGAGCGUGACAGUCUCAGGGAGCAGUUAAAGAUUUCCCAAGAGGCUGCAUUUAAUGAAAAGGCUCACUUGCAGCAGAGAAUUGAAGAGCUAGAAACUACUAUUCAAAAUUUAGAUAGUGAACGGUUAGAACAGAUGUCCAAAAUGGCACUAAUGAAAGAGAACAUAGAUUCUCUGGAAACCGAGAUGAAAAUAUUGGCAAGAAGAGCCCUGGACUCUGAAAAUGAGCUGUGCCGCCAGAAAGCUGAAUAUGUUUCACUUAGCUUAUGGAAUGAAGAGACAGAACAGAGUCUUUCAGAGACUCAGAGAAGCCUUAUUAAGAAAAAAUAUGAAAUGCAACUUUCAGAAGAGAAAAUCAGACUCUUGGGUGAGAAAAUUGAUAACUUUUCAAAACAAAGUCUUGCACAGCAAGAGAAGAUCUGUGCUUUGAAAGAAACAAUUGUGCGACUUGGUAAAGAGAAGGAAACUUUGCAAGAGUGUGUGGAAGAAGAAAGAGAGAAGAUUGUCGCUUUUGAGGAAAACCUGACAAUUAAAGAGAAAACCAUUUCAGAUUUCAAGACUCUGAUUGCUGAGCUGGAGCGUUCCACAAAAAAAUCUGCUGAAGCACUCUGUGUCAGUGAGAAAGAUAUCACCAGUUUGCGUCAACAGCUACAAGACACCAACAAAGAACUUGCACAGACUAACAAGAACAGAGAAUCAUUAGCUCAGGAGAAUGACAGGUUACAAGAGCAUCUUUCUAAUAUUGAGCAAGAAAAUCAGGCACUGUAUAAAAAAAUAGAAAACUACCAGAAUGAGCUUGAUGACAUGAAGCUGAAAGCCCAGGACUCAAACACACACAUAGUCAGGCUGAGGGGAGAACUGAAGUCUAAAGAGAGAGAGAACUGCAAGCUUUUGGAGAAUUACCACCAAGCACGUAAACAAGGAGAAAGCUGGGAAGCAAAAUGCUGUCAAGCAGAAACAGAUUGUAGCUCUGUUCGACUGGCACUAAUCAGUGCAGAAUCUGAGAACCGCAGGCUGAAAGAGAAAAUGAAGUCCCUUGAAACAGAGAUAGAGCAACAUUUAGCAACAGAAGAAGCAUACCAGUCUCAGAUUUCUACUUUACGCAAGUCUCUUGUGAAAAUGGAAGGAGAGCUGCAAAACAUACAUCAGGAGAGAGUUUCUAUACUUGCAAACCUCACAUCUACACAAGAACUUUGCAUUAAAUUAGAUGCAGGCAAAGAACUAUUAAAUCAGCAGUUAACUUCCACAGCAGAGAAGGCAGAAAGGCUGCAGAGUGAGUGUGAGUCUUCCUAUUCUGAAAUAGAGCUGCUGAGAAAACAACUGGGAAAUGAAAGGGCAUCUCUGAAAAACCUGGAAUCUUUGCUUGCGUCCAAUUGUGAGAGAGAAUUUCAGUCACAGAUAGCAAAGCAAGAAAAAGACUCCGAAAUUCAGCUUCUCAAGGAACAGCUUUCUUUAGCGGAAAAUAAGCUUGCUGUGCAGAGCCGAGAUUUUACUCAGCUCAGAAAUACAACAGCGCAGCUGGAGUCAGAACUGGACAUCACCAAAAGACAGCUGGGAACUGAGCGGUUUGAAAGGGAACGUGCUGUACAGGAGCUUCGACACCAAAAUCGUACAAUCCCCUAUCAGUUAAGCUCUACGUUAAGAACACCAUCACCUGAAUGUACACACCGUCGAUCUCUGGAUUGGUCCCUGGAAGGGAAUUCUUCAUUCAAGGACUUUUAAUGCUAUAUUCACAAUGGCCUGUGAAGACCCUGCACAUGAUCUGGAGAGUUAGAGUUCAAGUUUAAUUUUAAUUUCAUUAUCAUUUUUCCCUGCUGAAUGCUUAAUUUCAUUAAAUCUAUUUCACAAAUGCUUGCAUGGGCUUUUGGACACUCUUAAUGUUGUUCAGCAGGAAGAAAUCAGUCUAGAUGGCUUCCCUUCCCUCCUCUCUGCCAUCUCUUUUAUUUUUGUGUGAUACAGCCCAUCUCAGUAAACAGAGAAAAAUGCAGGUUCUGUUGAAUGUACUGACACUGUGCUUAUUUUAAAAAGUGCCUUGUUUUAAAAAGUGAUAUAACUGAAAAAGGGGAUAUAAUAUAACAAUAUGAAACUUUAUAAAGGUGUCUAUAUUCAGGUGUUAGAAUUUGAAUGUAUUGUUGCUGAACUGUGUGAAGAUUAUGCUUGAAAGAGUUUUUCUUUUUUUCCCCCUUAAAACCUGACCUACUCCUUAAUUUGGCUAAAAGAGGAUAGUGAUGCCAGGAGAUACAGCUGUGUUGUGAUAUCUAUGUAUGAAGAUAUGUAUUUUUCGUAUCUUUCUGAUAUACGUAUACACUUGAGGUGUGUUCAACUUUUGAGAAUUUUACUAUAACUGCACUGAUUUUCUACUUAAAGAGCUUUUUAAUAUGAAUGAAUACUGUU